AAUUAAAAUAAUAAUAAUAAUAAUAAUAAUAAUAAUAAUAAUAAUAAUAAUAAUAAUAAUAAUAAUAAUAAUAAUAAUAAUAAUACUAAUAAUACUAAUAAUAAUAAUAAUAAUAAUAAUAAUAAUAAUAAUAAUAAUAAUAAUAAUAAUAAUAAUAAUAAUAAUAAUAAUAAUAAUAAUAUAAAUAAUAAUAAUAAUAAUAAUAAUAAUAAUAAUAAUAAUAAUAAUAAUAAUAAUAAUAAUAAUAAUAAUACUAAUAAUAAUAAUAAUAAUAAUAAUAAUAAUAAUAAUAAUAAUAAUAAUAAUAAUAAUAAUAAUAAUAAUAAUAAUAAUAAUAAUAAUAAUAAUAAUAAUAAUAAUAAUAAUAAUAAUAAUAAUAAUAAUAAUAAUAAUAAUAAUAAUAAUAAUAAUAAUAAUAAUAAUAAUAAUAAUAAUAAUAAUAAUAAUAAUAAUAAUAAUAAUAAUAAUAAUAAUAAUAAUAAUAAUAAUAAUAAUAAUAAUAAUAAUAAUAAUAUAAUAAUAAUAAUAAGUAAUAAUAGUAAUAAUAGUAAUAAUAGUAAUAAUAGUAAUAAUAGUAAUAAUAGUAAUAAUAGUAAUAAUAGUAAUAAUAGUAAUAAUAGUAAUAAUAGUAAUAAUAGUAAUAAUAGUAAUAAUAGUAAUAAUAGUAAUAAUAGUAAUAAUAGUAAUAAUAGUAAUAAUAGUAAUAAUAGUAAUAAUAGUAAUAAUAGUAAUAAUAGUAAUAAUAGUAAUAAUAGUAAUAAUAGUAAUAAUAGUAAUAAUAGUAAUAAUAGUAAUAAUAGUAAUAAUAGUAAUAAUAGUAAUAAUAGUAAUAAUAGUAAUAAUAGUAAUAAUAGUAAUAAUAGUAAUAAUAGUAAUAAUAGUAAUAAUAGUAAUAAUAGUAAUAAUAGUAAUAAUAGUAAUAAUAGUAAUAAUAGUAAUAAUAGUAAUAAUAGUAAUAAUAGUAAUAAUAGUAAUAAUAGUAAUAAUAGUAAUAAUAGUAAUAAUAGUAAUAAUAGUAAUAAUAGUAAUAAUAGUAAUAAUAGUAAUAAUAGUAAUAAUAGUAAUAAUAGUAAUAAUAGUAAUAAUAGUAAUAAUAGUAAUAAUAAUAAUAAUAAUAAUAAUAAU